UUCAGGGAUCUUGUACAAGCGUGGGAAAUUUAGCUAUCCAAACACUAAACUGAUAUUUUCUCUGUAAGCAACGUUUAUAUUCAGGAUAUUCAAUUGAACGAGUUGUCAACGGUAAUUUAUAUGCAUUUAUUAGAAGAGUUUUAAUUUUCCCGGAGACGUGGCUUUUUAUUUUGAAGUGGGAAUUUACGAGACGCACGUGAACAGGCACAACCGGGUGAAAGAAAAUGGGAGUGAUCGACGUGCAAGUGAUUUUUGAAUGCCACUUUUAUGACUUUAUUAUUAUACUAUGAACGUGUGUAACUUUAAAACAAACUGGUGAGUUUUUCGACCUGUUGAUUUUAUUAUUUUUAUUUUUUUUACCCCCUCCACCCCGGUCAAAAGUGUGCGUCGCUUAAAAAUGCCCGCCGAGGUGAAGCAAAGAAAGAAAAAGCAAAAUGACGAAAUCGUCACAGAUUCUGCACACAAACAAGACGGGGACGCGAAAGCGAGGCGUGAACAACAUGCCGGCGACGCUCGAAAAACGUCGAGUUUAUUGGACCCUAAAUGCAUCAUGUGCGUCCUGUCUCUUUCGGUGUGCGCGGCACUGAGCUGGACGGUGCUGCAGCAAAAUGCCAGGUUCUCCCAGAUGGAGGAAAAAUUCACACUGUUGUACGCCAAGACCUCACGGUUGUCAUUCGUGGAGGAGCAGGUCCAGAAGGUGACCCAAAAACUCGCCGCUUCCGAGGAGGACCUCCGGGCGGCGCUCUCCGACGUCUCCUGGGCGGGCGCGCUCCGGCGGGACGUGGCCGCGCUGCACGUCGCCAUGGGGACGCUGCAAGCGGAGGACAGCGCGGCGUCGGACGACCUGCGGGCCGUCAACGAGCGCUUCCUCAACGUGACUGAGACGUGGCAGGAGCGCCUCGCCGCCGCCGCCGCCGAGCUGGCGUCACUCAAGGCCGAGUCGCGGGAGGCCCACGCCGGCGCCGCGGAACGGGUAAACGAGGCCGAGCGGAGGGCCCGGUCGCUGGCGGAGAAGCUGGAGGAGCUGGAGGACAGCACCAGGCGGAACGCCCGAGCCUUGGAGCGCGCCGAGGAGGACGACGCCAAGCGGGCGCAGGCGCAGCUGGACUGGAACACCCGGCGGAUCCACAAAAUGGACGAGAACCUCAACAGGCUGGCCCGCCAGGAGGCGGAGCUCAGCGCCCAGCUGCGGGACCACCUCCCCCGGGCGAAGGAGUGCGAGGAGCAGCUCCCUCACGUGGAGGAGGCGCUGCGCUCCAUCCUGAAGCUGGCCGUUGACCUGGGCGGAGUCGAGCGGCGCCUGGAGGAGGUCACGCUCCAGGUGUUCUCGGCCGAGGACAGCAUGCUCAAGACCCUCGACCGGGUGGUCGGCGUGCGCCGGGAGAUGGACGCCCUGCGGGCGCGCGGCGCCGUCCUCAAGAUGAAGAACGAGCUGGCGGUGGUGCGCGAGGCCGUGAACGAACUCGCCGGGGUGCUGAGGGCGGGGCGGCCAAUCGAGGAAGAGGAAGAGGAAGAGGAGGUGGAGCCGGACGAAGAGUGGGAAGAACCGGACGGAACUCGAUGAUGUCACCGCAAUCUCAAUUUUCAUAUUCGGUUGGAUUUUUUUAAGUUGGUCCCCCCCCCACUUCAAACCGGAUGAAAAUGAGUAAAUAUUGCAGAAGUUUGGGGAAUUACUGGAUGACAGCACGAGCAUGAAUUUCAGAAUUAUAAAUAAAAGAUAGUUUGCCAGAAAAGUUCUGAAUUAUGUUGGAUUUUAAAUUCAUUCAUUACUCAUUAAAUGUCAUCGUUUACACUCAACGGAAAUGUCGUUUUGCAGAAUGAGCAUAGACACGAAAAGCCGAC